AAUACAUAGAAGGACACUAGUCGUCAUCCUCUGAGUCAGACGAGCAAAUGACGCGUACGCACGGAAAUUACGAUUUACAUGCGAGUUUCUUUCUUUGUCCGAUAGCACAAUAUUUAAUAAUAAAUAUAGCCCUCGCUCUAUUCCCUACCUCCAUCUAGUCUGAAUCUGCUGCUCAUUAACUUGCACAGCAACAUCCACCAUCUUCCCACUGCACCGGCUUGCGGUGUCCGUAAUUCUGGCUCGAGGGUGCCUACUUGAAUCCGACAUUUUGGGCCACGACAACGGCUCAUUGCUUCCUCUCCAGCACCACCAUCGCGAUCCCCACUGCAGCAGAUUUAGCACUGGCACUAUAAACUUAGCUUGACGUCUCUUCCUCUUCGUUUCGGAAGAUGAGUGAGAGGGGUGAGGGGCACGAAGGUUCGGCUCAGCGUCGAUCUGGUUCGAGCCGCGUUGGGCGACGCAGGAGUCGCCGUCGUUCAACCACACGUGAGGAGAAGGAGUCCAGCUCUGAGGAUAGGGGUUCCGCUGAGGGAUCCUGGAACGUCGACAGAGGACGGUCGAGGACGCGCCGUCCGUCCAACCCAGCGUCAGAGGAGAACCUGCGACGGAGAGGAUACCAUGCGCUGUUCUCGUCCUUCGGGAAGGUCUUCCAUGUCGAGAAACGAUGGAAGAUGGUUCGGGAUAUGGGUUCUGGGGCGUAUGGCGUCGUCAUUUCUGCUGCAGACGAGAUAUCGGGGGAGACAGUUGCGAUAAAACUCGUAACUCGGGUAUUUGAGAAGACAUCUCUUGCAAAACGCGCCUUGAGGGAAAUUACACUACUACGACAUUUUGCGAAUCAUGAGAAUAUCACUGGCUUAAUCGAUGUAGACGCCAUCUCGAAGGAUUUUAAUGAGAUCUAUUUGUUCUUGGAGCCCAUGGAAGCCGAUCUCCAUCAAAUUAUUAAAUCUGGACAGAUGCUUACCAACGAACACAUACAAUACUUUGUAUACCAGAUAUUACGGGGGAUGAAAUAUGUACACUCCGCUUCUGUCGUGCACCGUGACCUAAAGCCCGGCAAUUUACUUGUUAAUGCGGACUGCGAGCUGAAGAUAUGUGAUUUCGGUCUUAGUCGCGGAUUCAAUUCGGGUCCGGAUGAGUAUGCCACACAUAUGACGGAAUAUGUUGCCACGAGAUGGUAUCGUGCGCCAGAGAUCAUGCUAGCUUUCCGACGAUAUGAUACUGCCAUUGACGUCUGGUCCAUCGGCUGUAUACUGGCUGAAUUAUUACUCGGGAAACCGUUGUUUAAGGGUAAAGAUUAUGUUGAUCAACUUAACAAAAUCUUGGACGUCUUAGGUACUCCUGAAGAGAGCGUCUUGACGCGGAUUGGGAGCGAAAAGGCUCAAGCAUACGUACGGUCUCUGCCACGACGCAAAACCGUCCCGUUUUCAAAAAUCAUACCGCACGCUGACCCGCAAGCUAUUGACCUCCUCGACAAAAUGCUCUCCUUUGAUCCCGAACAACGUAUCACAGUCACGACUGCACUUGAGCAUCCAUGGCUGGCUCAAUAUCAUGAUGUGAAUGAUGAGCCUGAUUGUCCUAUCAUCUAUGAUAAGUGGCAGGAAAUCGAGAAACUCGAAACUAUCGAAGACUUCCGGGAAGCCCUAUGGAACGAAAUCCAUGAGUAUCGCAGAGAAGUCCGAAGUAUUGGCAUUGAACUAUCCUAUGCAAGUCGUACUUCGUCACAGCGGAGCGAACCUCGUUCGGUGGAGGGGCUUCCUGCCGAACCUCCCGCGGAGGGCAGGCCAUCCACAAUGCAACCAGAAGACCUUACAGGAGCGGCCCAAACUACUGAAACUAGUUCAUCAACUGCUGUUGAGGGUGUAAUCGGCAACGAAUCUUUCGUUAAAGAGGCCAAAGCUGAACCAGAGAAACCGGGAUCCGAGACUGCCACUGUAACGGCGCACCCGACAGACGUUCCAUCGCCCACAACUGCACCCGCUGCAGCUAUACGACCAGGCAUGGAGAGGCGCGACUCCAUGCGUCCGCCGACGCCAGCGAACAUGAUGAACGAUCCUGUCGUUCAUUAUGCGCGGAGGUCGAGUUUCCUUCAAGAAAGGAGUCUCCACCAACGAGUCGGCUCAGAGGCGUCGGUUUCUCCCGUUCGUCGUGUUCAGCACCAAGAAGGAUUGCCAGUUGCACCGUUUCCUUCUGCGGCGGAUUACGCGUCUAGGGCUCCGUCAGGCACAGCAUCGGGACAGACUGGUACUGUACCCUUCCCAACCACUGGUACGAGUUACUUCGUACCUGCUCGAUCUCGGACGGCGUCAACCGUUGGAGGGGACUAUGGAAUGGGAUUUACUGCGCCCCGCAAGUUGUUGCGUACGCUUAGUACGGUGUCUAUUCACGAGAGUGUUGAAGGUCACGAGGGCGGGCUGGCCGCCAUGGGUCCCAUGGGCAAGGCAAUUAUCGAACGACGUGAGACCGCUGCUGACGCUCCGCCGAGCGAGAUGCCGCGGGACUUCGGCACCGUACGCGAGGAAGAGGGAGAGUAUCGUACUGCGACUGCAAGCGGACGUUCGAGUGCGCAUUUCAGUGGAAAUACUACAAAUAGUGCAGGGCCAGAGUCUGCGCGUAAGCAAGACGAUAAGGGCGAGGGUGAGAGCAAGGCGAGCUUGCCGCGGUCGCCUACGAAAGCGAAGGAGAAUUCGAGUGGAGAGUGCACGCCUGCGAAGAAAAAGGAGAAGCGCUUCAUUCUUUUCUGACUGACUACACGUUUGUUUGUAGAGGAGGGGAGUUCCUCGCCGACCAUCGACAUCAACGCCUUUGCGUCAUCGUACCUGAAGUCCAGCACACGAUCUUUCCUCAUCUUCCUAGCAUCACGAGUCCAUCUACAACGAGACGACGUCAUAGCAUUCACUAGAUAUCUACUUAACAACCAGCCAUUCCUAGCCACCCUCUACUACCCAUUUCGUCCGAUGCUUAUUUACCAAAACUGACAUAGUCAUCAGUGUCACUCACUCCCUUCUGAUAUUUUGUAGAAUAGUAGAGCUUAUGUGUACAUGAUCGUCUGUCGUUUUAUCUCUAAACAAAUUGCUUGUAUGCUCUAAUUAUUCCUCCUUGUGCUUGCU